CUUUGUUAGUUACUCCACCGUGUGGUCAUUUUGUGGUUUACAUAAACCCAUUUCAUUUCGUAAACUAAGAAUUGUGUCAAAAUGUUGGCAAGUCGAAUUUCUGGUCAACAGGCAAGCAGAUUUUUCAGCUUGUUGAAAAGGCACAACAGUACCCUUGUUAUUGCAGAACACAAUAAUGAGAAGCUAACACCAAUUACUCUAAAUACAGUAGCGGCCGCCAAGAAGUUGGGAGGCGAUGUUUCUUGUUUAGUUGUUGGUACACAGUGUUCAAAGGUCGCCGAAGAAGUCAGUAAAAUAGAAGGCGUAAAUAAAGUUCUUCUAGCAGAUAAUGACGUAUUUAAAGGUUUCCUGCCAGAAGCAAUUAGUCCUCUACUUGUAGCCACUCAAAAUCAGUUUAAAUACACCCAUAUUUUAGCUGGAGCGACUGCAUUUGGUAAAAAUUUAAUUCCAAGAACUGCUGCCUUGCUGGAUGUGUCCCCUAUAUCAGAUAUAAUUGGUGUUGAAUCCCCCGACACUUUUAUAAGGACAAUUUAUGCAGGUAAUGCUAUUCAAACUGUAAAAUCAAAUGAUGCAGUAAAAAUAGUAACAGUCAGAGGCACUGCUUUUGCACCAGUUGAAGCCACAGGGGGUUCAGCAACUACAGAGCAAGCGCCAGGUAGUGAUGUUACUAACACCCUUUCAGAGUUUGUAUCUCAGGAACUUACUAAAAGUGAUCGUCCAGAAUUAACAGGUGCUAAAACAGUCAUAUCUGGAGGCAGGGGUAUGAAGAAUGGAGAAAAUUUCAAACUUCUAUACGAUCUUGCUGACAAAAUGCAUGCUGCAGUUGGCGCUUCCAGAGCCGCAGUUGAUGCAGGUUUUGUACCCAAUGAUAUGCAAGUCGGACAAACAGGGAAAAUUGUGGCACCAGAGCUGUACAUUGCUGUCGGUAUAUCUGGGGCUAUUCAACAUUUAGCUGGCAUGAAGGAUAGUAAAAUAAUUGUAGCCAUCAAUAAAGAUCCUGAUGCACCAAUAUUCCAAGUAGCUGAUUACGGAUUAGUGAUGGAUCUUUUUAAAGCAGUUCCAGAAUUAGAUAGCCUGAUAAAGUAAUAAAAUCAGAUGAAUGAAACCACCUUCAAAAAUAACACAAAAAUCACUCACUUAUUGGACUUAUUUUUGAAAUGUGAUGAUUUUAAAAACUUUGUGUGACUGGCAUAAUGAAUGGAUUCUUAUUAAUGAACAUGUGACUGUGAGAAUUAAUAAAAAGGCAUUAUAUCUUAACAUAUUACACAAAUGUAUGAAUAUUAACGAAUUGAAUUUUAUACAUGCGGUAGAUCUAUUAUAAGGCCCACUGUACAUGUUUUUGAGAAUAACAGUCUAAGUCAAGGCCUACUUAUAUUGACAUUGAAAUGAGCAUACUGUUAUUUAAAUUAUUAUAUACCGUAAAUACAUUAGAAUUGUUUUGUUUUUUUAUAUUUUAAAUAAAUCCAAACACAUUCAU